AUGCCCACUAGGUGGACGCUUACAGAAUACCUGCCCCAGUUCUCGACUUUGAUGAAGACGAAGAUUGCGCGCGACCGCGAGGUGGCGUUCCGCGCGAGAGGGAGGUACCAUCACUACUGCUCCGUUUUCAACCAGCUUGACGAUAGAAUCACUGGUGCCCACAACCACUGCGUCGAUGCUGCCACACGAAGAAGUAGUGAAAGAACAUGCGCCGAUUCUUGGACCUGCCCAUCCGUUACAUCAAGCGCCGCCACCUGCUACCUCAAGGACCACUACAACUACAACCACUACAACCACCACUACAACCACCACAACCAGCACCACAACCAGCACCACAACCACUACAAGCAGCACCACAACCACCACAACCGGCACCACAACCACCACAACUACUACUACAACCACUACAACUACCACUACAACCAGCACCACUACAACUACCACUACAACCACUACAACUACAACCACUACAACUACUACGACUACAACAACUACAAAUACUAUGACUACCACUACGAUGACCGGCAGCACAACAACGAGGAGAUGUAUUUGGUGCUUACGCUCAUCGGAUUCCUCCUCGCCUUGCUGGCAGUGCUGUCCUACGACCUGCUCAUUCUAUUAUUAGCACCGCCACCUACUACCUCAACGACCACUACAACCACAACCCUACAACCACCACUACAAGCAGCACCACAACCACCACAACUACUACUACAACAACUACAACUACCACUACAACCACUACAACCGGCACCACAACCACCACAACUACUACUACAACCACUACAACUACCACUACAACCACUACAACCAGCACCACAACCACCACAACUACCGCUACAACCACCACUACAACUACCACUACAACCAGCACCACAACCACCACAACUACUACUACAACCUCUACAACUACCACUACAACCAGCACCACAACCACCACAACUACUACUACAACCUCUACAACUACCACUACAACCAGCACCACAACCACCACAACUACCUCUACAACCACCACUACAACCACUACAACUACUACGACUACCACUACGACGACCAGCAGCACAACGACCACGCCCUGGUCGGGACCCAUGCCGAGGAACGUGGUCUGGUGCGCGUUCGGCACCUUCCGGCAGGAACUACGACGCCAUCACGCACACGAGCUUCUGCGACUUCGUCUUCACACCGCUGUACGCGCGGAACACCCCAUACGACACCCUGCUCGACGACAGCCACACCGCGGUGCAGAAGAUUCUGCGUCUGGUGGUUCCCAGGUCACCCGAGACCGAGUUCGGCAUCAGUUUCGCUCACCGCUGUGCGAUGUCAAGGUCCACUGCAAACACCUCGACAUCAGCCCGGCCCUCUUCGACAUUGAGUGCGAAGACUGGGGGGACGAGUGUGCCGGUGGCGAUUCCGAUGUCGUAAGAGGCACCUCCGGGAUGGGAAGCAUCUACCGGUACAUAUCCGGCACCGGAAGAACAGCCGCCAUGUUACUGAAUUGCAGUGACCCCUCGUGUCCGUGAUGGUGGCUUCGGCUCAAACAACCCGUGCCAUUUUUACCCUUUGGACAAACCGUUGUGCAAGUGCAUAAGGAUUAAUACGUUUUAAUUAUCUGUCGUUAAUGAGUGUCGACAUACAAUGAUGGAUUGAUGCGCCGUGGACUUCAAUUAAUAGGUUUCCAUUAAGUACCAAUAGUGCAGUUUAUAUCCUGAUGGACUGCCAUGAGUGUUGUGCGCGUGUACAUGUUACGGACAGCCACUAUUGCGUUUUUAUUAUGUGCCAUUAUUUGCUGUCGCUAUAAAACUAUACGGACUGUAUGUACGAGAGAAGUUCAUUAACAGGUUUCCGUGAGAUACCAACGCAGUUCACACCCGAUGAUGGGCUGCCAUUAGUGCAGCGUUACGCGCAGGCAUUGCGACGUCGGCCGGAGCACGACAGAAGAGGGACGUCUGCAAAGCUACCAAAUCGGAUACCUCUUCUGUGUGAUGGAAGCUUUCGGAGAAAAGCCACACCCGUGUGCUGUGAUGCUGGGCUGGCAACAUGCUUCCGUAAAGGGCUGUUAAUGCACGUCACGGGACGUCAGGUGUUUCCAUCGAGUGUCAUUAAUGACGCUUAUAUAUACGACGAUGGACUGCUAUUAAGCGCGCCGUUUCCUAUUCGAAUUUGAAAAUGGACGGUCCUUACAUUGUGAGGAAGAGCCCCGAGAAGUGAGCGAAAAGAGGCGGCCGCGCUAAGGCACUUUUGUAUUGCAUAGCCACGCGUUCUGCCCAUCUUGGAGGUCUCGGCGAUAACCACCGCCUCUGCUAACUGUGCAUCCAUGCCCAAGGGACAGAGUGCCGUGCGAGCGAGUAUACAAUGUAUGCCGCCAGCAUAGUUGUGAUUGUAACAGUCUUCUGGGACCUCGACGCUCGCCGGGCCUAUUUGUGUUCACGUGAACGUUGCACUGAAAUGUCGGAUGAACAUUGCAUGAAGGUGCCCGCGCUUAUAUCUUGAUUGCGAUCAAGGGACCCGUAAGGCGUCCGAAACUUCGUUCUUUAUUUUUCUUUUAUUCUUGGCGUGUGCACUUUUUUUUGGCACCAGUAUACUUCCUCGCCAGACGAGUUUUCGUCGAACACUUGACGACAUUGCAUGAAGAAGUGUCGCAGCUGUGAUAUUUCGGUAUGCCUGACUGUUUUUGUGUGCCUCAUUGUGCAAAGGUUACGUUAUUCAACUACGUUUUCUGUACUUCUUAUUUUUUUACCAGUGAAGACUAGCAUCCGUAUACGCUUAGUUGCGUGCCUUUCUGCUUCGUUGACGCCUGUAUUAAACCGGAUGGAUGUGUUGGCCUAUUGCCUGUAAGUGUAGCAUAAAAGUGAACGAUAUAGAAAA